AUGAAGACUUCCGCAGUCCUUACCACUGUCUUUUUCGCCAUUGCCUCCUUGGCAGCUCCUGCUCCCAUGCCGGAGAACAUCAACCCUAACGCGUGCAUCGAUGUGCAGCCCGGCUACCCUGCCGGCGUCUGCCCUUCUCCUUAUACGUUUUCGUACCUCAAGUACUGUUCCACCGGCGACCGUGGUGUCGAAAACUGCCCCACUAUCUCCGCAGAGCCCAAGUGCUGCAUUGUUUAG